AUGACUGACGAGGCAACACAAGAAGCGCCACGUCUAGGUUAUGCACAACAGAACAUUCAUCCAACCAACAAUAAACACUACUAUGAGAAACAACAUCACCAGAGACGUCCCAUGUAUCAGCAGAAAUACAACUAUAAUCAGCCGCCAUCACAAUUACCAAAACCAGAGGCCAGGACACAACGUCUGGAAACACAACAUUCAGUUCACCAACCAAUACCAACAACCAAAACUCAUGCGGAACAACAACUUAACAACCAUGAGGAAGACAAAGAUCAUAAAUCGGAUAAGGAUGCAGAUAAAGAUAAAGACAAGAAUGCAAAAGAUAAACCUAAACACAGUGCCAAGUACAACAAAGAUAAGGAGAAAGAUAAGGACAAAGAAAAGGAGAAGGUGAAGGAAAAGGAGAAAGAAAAAAACAAAGAUAAAGAGAAGACAAAGGAAACCAGCAAAGAUUAUGAAAAGAGUAGCGGAGACAAAGGCGCCAAGGAACUAACAUUAAUUCGCUUGAUCAAUCAGGAAUGUUCGUCUUGUGUGACAAGUGUCUCGUGUAGCGAAUUUCGCGCUUAA